CGCUGCUGAGCCGCAUGGGCCGGGCCCCGCGCCGCCGCCGCCGCUGCUGCUCCGUGCGGCCAAACAAACUUGUUCACCUUGGAGCUACAAAUAUCAGUGAUUUGAGAUUUGAGCUCAUACCCCACUGUUCCUGCGCAAGCAAGGACCAGAAAAAUGAAUAUCCAGGGGAAAGGCUUCCCCUUGGACCUCGGAGGAAGCUUCACUGAAGAUGCUCCGAGGCCACCGGUUCCUGGUGAGGAGGGGGAACUCGUGUCCACGGAUCCAAGGCCAGUUAGCCACGGUUUCUACUCCGGUAAAAGCGAUGUGGUUAGAAAUGAGACGUCCACAGCAACACCAAGGCGCUCUGAUUUGGAUUUGGGGUACGAGCCUGAGGGGAGUGCUUCGCCAACUCCACCCUACCUGAAGUGGGCCGAGUCGCUGCACUCCUUGCUGGAUGAUCAAGACGGUAUCAACCUCUUCAGGACUUUCCUGAAACAGGAGGACUGCGCGGAUCUGCUGGACUUCUGGUUUGCCUGCAGUGGCUUCAGGAAGCUGGAGCCGUGCGCGUCUAACGAGGAAAAAAGACUCAAGCUGGCAAAAGCCAUUUACAAAAAAUACAUCCUCGACAACAACGGCAUUGUGUCCCGGCAGAUCAAACCGGCCACAAAAAGCUUCAUCAAAGACUGCGUCAUGAAACUGCAGAUUGACCCCGACAUGUUUGACCAGGCCCAAACGGAGAUUCAGUGCAUGAUAGAAGACAAUACCUACCCUUUGUUCCUUAAGUCGGAUAUUUAUUUGGAAUACACGAGGACAGGUGGGGAAAGUCCAAAAAUUUAUAGCGAUCCAAGCUCAGGGUCUGGGACAGGUAAAGGGCUACCCGGUUAUCUGCCAACUCUGAAUGAGGACGAGGAGUGGAAGUGUGACCAAGAGGCUGAGCCCGAGGCCAGCAGGGACUCGGCACCUUCCAGCAGGCUCACGCAGAAGCUGCUUCUGGAGACGGCCACCCAGCGCGCCGCCUCGGCUCGGCGCUACAGCGAGGGCAGGGAGUUCAGGCAUGGGUCGUGGAGAGAGCCUGUUAACCCUUACUAUGUCAACACAGGCUACGCUUUGGCACCAGCAACCAGUGCCAACGACAGCGAGCAGCAGAGUAUGUCCAGUGAUGCCGAUACGAUGUCGCUGACAGACAGCAGCGUAGAUGGGAUCCCACCGUACAGACUCCGCAAGCAGCAUCGCAGAGAGAUGCAAGAAAGUGCCAAAGCAAAUGGACGUGUGCCACUACCUCACAUUCCUCGUACAUACCGAAUGCCAAAGGAUAUCCACGUUGAACCAGAGAAGUUUGCUGCAGAACUGAUCAAUCGUUUGGAGGAAGUACAAAAGGAACGUGAAGCGGAGGAGAAAUUAGAGGAGCGCCUUAAACGCGUUCGAGCGGAAGAAGAAGGUGAGGAUGCAGAUAUCUCUUCUGGUCCCUCGGUCAUUAGCCACAAGAUGCCUUCCGCCCAAGCCUUUCAUCACUUUGCUCCUCGUUACUCUGAAAUGGGCUGCGCUGGGAUGCAGAUGAGAGAUGCCCAUGAAGAAAACCCAGAAAGCAUCCUCGAUGAACAUGUACAGCGUGUGAUGAAAACACCAGGCUGCCAGUCUCCAGGACCUGGCCGCCACUCUCCUAAGCCACGGUCCCCAGAAAGCGGCCACUUAGGAAAGCUGUCAGGGACACUAGGAACAAUUCCUCCAGGGCAUGGCAAGCACGCAACAAAAUCAGGAAUGAAACUGGAUGCAGCUAACUUAUACCACCAUAAACACAUCUACCACCACAUCCAUCACCACAGCGUGAUGAAACCAAAAGAGCAGAUCGAGGCCGAGGCCACGCAGCGAGUGCAGAACAGCUUUGCUUGGAAUGUAGAUUCACAUAACUAUGCAACAAAGUCACGAAACUACACUGAAAACUUGGGCAUGGCCCCUGUCCCCAUGGACUCUUUAGGCUACAGUGGGAAAGCAAGUCUGCUCUCAAAAAGAAAUGUUAAGAAGACCGAUUCAGGGAAAAGUGAUGGUGCCAACUAUGAGAUGCCAGGAUCUCCUGAAGACGUGGAGAGAAACCAGAAGAUCCUUCAGUGGAUCAUAGAAGGAGAGAAGGAGAUCAGCAGGCAUAAGAAAACAAACCAUGGCUCUUCAGGUGCUAAGAAGCAGCUGUCCCAUGAUAUGGUCCGACCCCUCUCCAUUGAGCGACCUGUUGCGGUGCAUCCGUGGGUCAGUGCCCAGCUCCGAAACGUCGUCCAGCCUUCUCACCCCUUCAUCCAAGAUCCUACCAUGCCGCCCAAUCCAGCCCCCAACCCUCUCACCCAGCUGGAAGAAGCUCGCAGGAGGUUGGAGGAGGAGGAAAAAAGGGCUGGAAAACUCCCCCUUAAACAAAGGUUGAAGCCCCAGAAGAGACCAGGCAGCGGCACGUCGCAGCCGUGUGAGAACAUCGUGGUUGCUUAUUACUUCUGCGGAGAGCCGAUCCCUUACCGCACCCUCGUCAAAGGGCGUGUGGUAACGCUGGGACAGUUCAAGGAGCUGCUGACCAAGAAAGGGAACUACAGGUAUUACUUUAAGAAAGUGAGUGACGAGUUUGACUGUGGUGUGGUCUUCGAGGAGGUGCGGGAGGAUGACACCAUCCUGCCCAUCUUCGAAGAAAAGAUCAUCGGGAAGGUGGAAAAGAUCGACUAAGCUCCAGGGCCGCCGAGGCGUGAGGACAGGACUGUGAAAGACUCUGGGACCGGAGGAGAGGGCCUGGGGCGGACGCUGGCAGUGCUACUGCCACGGGCGCCGGGCGAGCCCAGGGCGGAGGAUGGGAGCCUGCUCCGGCACGGACCUGGGCAAGCUCCGGGUUGCUGGUGAAUGUCGUUUCACCUCACGAACCUGCCAGUGGGAGCCUGGGCUCCCUCUCCAUACCGAAUAUAAGUGUAAUGUAGCAUUGUACAGUGCAUUAGAAAGUGUAAUAUGACCUUGUUUACUAAAGCUGCAUAUUUUUGAUAUAUUGUAAUAAAAGGAAAAUAUUUCCAAUGUCA